UAUUUUUUAACUUGAAAAUCAUACAAAAAAGGAAAAAAAAUGAAAAAUCAUAGUAAAAGAUGCGGUUUUUCCAAUGUAAAUAUCAAAAUGUGGUUGACCUUUCAAGUGUAAGAUGGAGUUAACAAGGAAUUGAAGAAAAAUAACAAGAGAAUAUGGAUGAUUCUAAUAAUAGCAUGAGGUUACACCUCCAAGAUCCAUACACUUUCUUUCCACAAUUCUCUCGAAUAUCCAUUUCCCAGGAACACCUUUUCCAAACCACCCCUCUAGUCGGAGACACUUCGCCCAACAAUCGCCACCACGAUACGCCGUCGGAAAUUGACGCCGGUAUCAUCCCACUCUCCUCUGCUCCCAUCCUCAUUCUCUCUCCUCCCGAUACCAACCAAGACGUUUUUCACACUCCUCCCGAGAACCCCUUGCUUCCCUCUUCCGACAUUGAUGUUCCUCACUCUACUGGUAAUCAGUCCGUCGAUGUCGACGCGGAGGCUCAGCUGUUCGUUGAUUUGGCUGGAGUUUCCCCGGAGAACUCGCGAUUUGUUGGUGGAGAUGGAUUGGCUGAGAUACAUUAUGGUGAAUUUAGGGUUUUGGAAAGGGAAAUUUCUGAAUUAGGUCAAGCUCCUGUGAAAAAAUUGAAAUUAGGUUUUGAUUCUUUGGGAAAUUCCAAUGCUGUGGAAUGUGAACAUGUGAAAGUAGAUUCUGUGAACAAUGAGGAUUUAUGCCAAGAAGCUCCUGUGGUUGAACACUCAGUCUUGGAAACCCAAGCUGUUCAAUUUCAAAAUGCUGAGGCUGUUGUAGAAGGUUCUGGAAUGCGCGAGGAUCCGGUGCUGCAAAUGCUGCAGAAAGAAUUGGAAUCUGGGAAGGAUAAAGGGAAACAAAAGUUUUCUGUUUUCGAUGUAUUGAAAGUUCUUUCCGAUAACAGUAAGGAAGAUGAAGAUGAAGAUGGUGAUGGUCUUACUGUGUUGGAAGCUGCAAAGCUUGCUGGUAUUACUUUUCCUCGACCAAGUUGGUGGCCGGAUCAUUAUGUAUCGAAAAUAUUCAAUUUCGAUGAUGAUCAGGUCAAAAAGUAAAGGAGACAACAUAGAUGAUGCUUUCAUGGUGAAUUCUCAGUAGUAGUAGUAUCUAUGGUUGUACUCGAAAUUGUGUUUUGAUUAUUAACCCAUGAUUAUAAUUUGUAUGGUAGGACUAUAGAAUUUCUAACAUGUUUUGAAUGUUGUGUAUCAAUGGUUUGUAACUAAGGUUUAGAAGUUAGUAUCAACCAACCUCCUUGUGAAUAAUAAUUAAUCUAUCAUGUUUUGAAUCUUGUUUAUCACUUGUAAAUGUGGUUCACAAUUUAUAUUGGUAUCAACUUCUGUGUGAA